AUGUCGUCAUCUCCAACCAGACGAGAAAGGGUUCACCUUGACGGCCGCACCCUCGAAGGAGGAGGUCAAUUAGUGCGCAUCGCGCUGGCCCUGUCCACCAUCACCGGCCAACCCAUCACAAUCGACCACAUCCGCGGCAACCGCACCGGCAAGAAGGGUCUCAAAGCAUCCCACCUGGCUGCCAUUAAAUAUCUCGCAGAUGUCAGCGGGAGUGCCGUCUCAGGCGCCGAGGUGGGAUCCUCUUCAUUGACAUAUCAUCCCCUGCCAGAUGCAGAGACCUGCGUCCGGCAAAACCGAGAUAUAAACAUCCAGCUUCCAACGGCUGGGGCUAUAUCACUGGUCUUUCAGGCUUUGUAUCCGUAUCUUCUUCAUGGGAACUGUAUAAGCGACGAAGAACCACAACCACAGCCCGUCCGUGUGAAAAUCACAGGAGGCACGAAUGUAUCGUUUUCGCCGUCGUAUGAUUACAUCUCGCAGGUCCUGGUGCCGAAUUUCGCGAGGGUCGGGCUUCCACCGCUCGCGGUUCGCCUGGAGAAAAGAGGAUGGGCCACUGGGCCCUUUAGUCUAGGGAAGGUGACGUUCGUUAUUCACCCGAUGGACAGAAAUCAAGAGUCUCCGUAUGGGUUUCCACCAGUUGAUCUAGACAGAUGCCUACGGGGCAAGAUCACACAAAUCGAUAUCACGGUUUUGGCACCGGAUACACUCCUAUUCGGAGGACCUGAUCAGCUUAAAGAUCGAAGGAAGGAAAAUUCACGGACAUCGAAGGAUACAUCUCAGUCUAUGACUAUCCGCCAAUUCAUCGAGUAUGAAACGAUGCGGAUGCUGCGCAGUCGACUCCAAAGGAUACCAUCAUCGAUAGUCAAACGAGGAAGCGCAGAUUCUCCAGAAGCCAUACCUAUCAAUCUACACACCUCAGAAAGAACGCACCACCGCUCACAUAUUCACAUUCUCAUUGUGGCACAUACAUCGUAUGGGUUCAAGCUCGGUCGAGAGGCGCUUUACGGCGCUCACAGGGAGGAUUCUCAGAGAAAGACAGGUGGUAGAAGGGGCCGACCAACAGACGAUAGGGGUAUAGCUACGGAACUGAUAGAUAGAUGCGUUGAUGACUUUGUGAGUGAGUUGUAUGACCCAGGACGGCAGAGUACAUCUGAAGGACGUCAGCCUUGCGUGGACGAGUAUAUGCGAGACCAGCUGGUUAUAUUCGAGGCGCUCGGGAAGUCUACGUCCAAGUGUGAAGCCAAUGGCAAGGGAAAAGAGGACGAGAGGUAUUAUAGUCUCCAUACGCAGACAGCACGGUGGGUAUGCGAGCAGAUGUUGGAUGUGGAGUGGUAG